UUUCACGAACCGCGCACGCGCAAGCCACGACUCAGCUUACAACACUCGGAAACGUUCCGAAAUUACGUGAGCCCAUUUAAAGACAUUCCCAUUCAAGGUGUAUCUGCAGCUUUAAUUCCUGUCGAUAUAUUGCAAAAGACUAUUGAACUGGAAAGACUGUUUAAUCACAGGUCGCGGUUAAAAAGAGUCCUCGUGUUUGUUUACGUGCGUGAAAACUGGCAAACGUUUUCAGAAGUGUUCAGACUUUGGAGGAAGAAAAGGAGCUGUGUACAGUAAAUUUUACCCUGAUUUGAGUCGUUUGCCAGUGAGGGCUGAAUAUUUCAUUUAACGAGGUCACCAGCGAUGCUCCGUCUGCAUUUGACUGACAGACACCUUCGCGUGAUGCUGUGGUGCAUACUUCUUGGGCUGCAACCAGCGUUUGCCGGAAUUCUUGACCCGUUCAACUGGGCGCGCUCCGACCGGAUCGAGGUCAACAUACCGUGGCUACCAUUUGAAAACGAAACCCGAUGUUACGACGAGCUCGGGUGUCUGAACAUCACCAGGAGUUGGUAUCACCUCAUACACCGGCCAUUCAACGUCUUUCCUUUGCCAAGAGUCGUUAUCAACACGAGGUUCAUCCUCUACACGAAGAAAAAUCCCACCGACGGACAGAUAUUAAACGUUAACGUGAAUAAAACAAUAGCGAAGUCUAACUUCAACCCCCAGCGAUUGACCAAGAUGAUCAUCCACGGGUUCAUUGACACUCCUCUCUCUAAUUGGGUCAGUGAGAUGAAAGAUGAAUUGGUGAAGGCAGGAGAUUUUAACGUGGUAGUGGUGGACUGGGCUGGAGGCAGUCUGCCGUUGUACACGCAAGCCACGGCUAACACCAGGCUCGUGGGGCUGGAGGUGGCGCAUUUCAUCAAUACUUUACAAAAAGAAUAUGGACUGAACCCGUUAGAUGUCCACAUUAUAGGUCAUUCUUUAGGAGCUCACACAGCCGGCUACGCGGGCGAGAGAAUUCAAGGCUUAGGAAGGAUUACGGGCCUGGACCCAGCUGAGCCUUACUUCCAAGGUAUGCCCACCCACGUGAGGUUGGACCCUUCAGAUGCUCAACUCGUAGAUGUCAUACACACUGAUGGAAAGAGCAUAUUCCUCUUAGAUUUUGUGUUUAUGGCAGGAUACGGGAUGUCCCAACCCGUGGGACACUUGGACUUUUACCCGAAUAAUGGCAAGGAACAGCCAGGUUGUGACCUUACCGAGGGACCAUUAGUUCCCCUAACGCUGGUUAAGCAAGGCUUAGAAGAGGCUUCGAGGGUAUUAGUAGCUUGCAAUCACGUUAGAGCUAUUAAGUUAUUCACAGAGUCGAUUAACGGAAAAUGCCCUUAUAUAGGACAUCAAUGUCCGUCAUACCAACAUUUCUUGGCUGGAAAGUGUUUUCAUUGCGGCCACGGAUGUGCGAUAAUGGGCUUCCACGCAGACAGCUCUCCCGGACUUAUUACGAACAAAAACAACCAAACGGAAAACGAGGUGUAUCCUUCGGAAGAGCAAGAGACUAUUGGAGCCAAGUAUUAUCUCAGUACAGGGAAAGAACUGCCGUUUUGCCAACGACACUAUAAGGUGUCAAUUCAGCUGGCCAAUCCCAAAGGAGCAGAGGAGUGGGUUCAGGGUUUCUUAAAAGUAACAUUGCUGUCAGAUCGUGGUAUGAUAAGAGGAAUGGAUCUCACUCCUAGCAAUUACGUAAAAUUAGAACACGGUACAACAUAUACCAUUGUGGUAACACAUCCAAUGGACUUAGGAGGAAAAGUUAGGAAGGUGGAGUUAUCGUGGGAGUACGACAUGAAUGUACUGGAGCCGCGAUCUCUGUGCAUCCUGUGGUGCAACGACCGGCUGUACGUCAAGUCAGUCAUCGUGGACCAGAUGGAACUGCCGAGUAGAGGGAAACGUAACGUAGACUUCAGCAGCAAACUAUGUACGCCGAAACGUGAGUUUGCAGAGAUCCCCAAUCGAGGGUCUGCCAGUUUUUACGACAACUGUGGAAGGUAGCCGUGCCAUACGUUUUAUUGUAGGCCACUCAUCUCACUCUACGGACCCGUCCAUAGAGUUUAAAAGCUUUAAGACCCGACAAGAACACUCAAAGUGACGCGCGUCCGGUCGCUUAUUUGUUGUGUUUAUUAGACUGCCCCAGUGAUGUUGUUACAGGGAGAAGAAAGGUGACUUUCUCUAAAUUAUAAAUUGUUGAAUGUUGUACUUUUAAGUAGAUGAUAAUUAUUGUAACGUUUUAUUUUUGUACGAAACAAAGUAGCAUUAAGAUUAUUAAAUGAAAUACUCAUUGAAUUUUUUUUCUUCAUUCAAGACUUUUGGA